AGAGCUGCCAGCACCACGAUGGCUGCACCCACUCUGUGCUCCCCUCUGCUGUUCACAGCAGGCAUCAGAUCGUGCUGUUUCCAACUCCCCAAUUCUCCCCUUCUCUGCUUUUCUGUGCACAAGGAUGCAGUGUCCUACGUGCUGAGGAUUGAGGGGAGGCCGUACACCAUCCACCUGCAGCAGCAUGCCUUUUUAUCUGAUGAUUUCCAGACUUACAUGUCCAGCGAGAAGGGAUCUUUGCCCUCUGGUUCUGCCCACGUUGAGGGAGGCUGCCACUACUGGGGCUACAUCGAUGGCUUCCCCAGCUCAGCAGUGUCCCUCAGCACGUGCUCGGGGCUCAGGGGUUUGCUGCAGUUUGAGAACGUGAGCUAUGGCAUCCAGCCCCUGGGCUACGCCCCCGAGUUCCAGCACGUUCUGUACCGGGUGAGGGGGGAGCAGAUGGCAGCAGCCCCCCCUGGCCAGAGCCGCCCCCAGCCCGGGCUGCCAGCCUGGGACGUGCUGGCCCACGGGGAUGACGAGCCCCUCUCGGCCGCUGCACAAUCUCCCAAAUACCUCCCAGUGUACGUGGUGCUGGACAAGGCUUUGUACAACUACAUGGGAUCAGACCCGAAUGCUGUGACACAGAAGAUAAUCCAGGCCUUCAAUUUAAUCAACAAUAUGUUUAAUCCCCUUAAUGUCACCAUUGUGCUAUCCUCCCUGGAGCUGUGGGCAGAGGGGGAUAAAAUAUCCACAGCAGGGGACAUAGAUGACCUUCUCCAGCGAUUUUUACAGUGGAAACAGUUGUCUCUGGAGCCACAGGCACACAACAUUGCUUCUCUCCUAGGUGGCCCUGGUAUGGUCCCAGCUGUCCUGUGCCUGCCCCUCACCCGUGAAUUCAUGGCUCUGAACUCGGCCCCGGGCAGCAGGAGCAGGGCCGGGUGGGGGGAUCUGUGUCUGGAGCAGGGAUCUCUGCAAGGAACGCUCAGCUCUGCCAACUCAUCUCUCUGGUCCCUCCAGUACCACGGGAAUGUCACCCUGGAGUCCUUCUCUGUGCUCCUGGCACAGGUGCUGGGCCACAGCCUGGGCAUGAGCUCAGACAGCCCCCGAGGCUGCAGCUGCCCCGGGCGGGUCUGCAUCAUGAGCCCCGAGGCACUGCAUUUCAGCGGGGCAAAAGCCUUUAGUAACUGCAGCACCAGGGCCUUUGAGACGUUCCUGAAGCAGGGCAGGGGUCGGUGCCUGUUCCACAGCCCCCGCCUGGCGCUGUCCCGCCGGAGCGGCGCCCGCUGCGGCAACCGCGUGGUGGAGCCGGGCGAGCAGUGCGACUGCGGCACGGCCGAGGAAUGCCUGCAGGACCCGUGCUGCACUAGUAGGUGUAGGCUGAAGCCGAAAGCAAGAUGUGCCUCUGGAUUAUGCUGUAAAAAUUGUCAGUUCAAGCCGAGGAACUCUCUGUGCCGCCCGGCCGCCGACGCCACCUGUGACCUGCCCGAGCUGUGCAGCGGCUCCUCGGCCUCCUGCCCCGCUGACCUGUACCUGCAGGAUGGGCACGACUGCGGCCACGGCACCGGCUACUGCUACCACGGGCGCUGCCAGUCCUCAGACCUGCAGUGCAGGCAGUUCUACGGGAGAGAUUCAAAGAAUGCUCCUGUGGGCUGCUAUGAGGAGAUCAAUGGCCAGCGGGACAGGUUUGGGCACUGCGGGUUCAGGAGUGGACACAAGUUGCAGUCCUGUACUUGGAGGGAUCUCAGGUGUGGGAAGUUAAUCUGCACAUACCCAUCCCAAAGGCCCUUCUCCUCAGCUGCUGCCGCCGUGAUUUAUGCCCAAGUGAGGCGGCAUUUGUGUGUGUCUGUGAACUUCCUGAACGUACCAGCAUGGCAGGACCCGCUUCUGGUUCCUCCAGGAACAAAGUGUGGCUCUGGAAGGGUAAGGAGGUAUUUUGUAAUUUGUCACCCUCUGUCCGUGCUGGGAUCCAACUGUGACAGCAAAGCAAAGUGCCACGGCCACGGCGUGUGCAACAACAUGGGCAGCUGCCACUGCCACGCGGGCUGGCAGCCCCCCGACUGCCGGAGGAGGAGGCGCCCGGGGGGCAUCAGGGACAGCGCCCUGGAGGGAGGCCUGCAGCGAGCCCUGGAGGAUGGAGAGAUGGCCUGGCUGGUGCUGGGCUCCAGCCUGGUCCUGCUCGUGCUCACGGCGGCCCUGGGGCUCGGGCUGUGGCGGCAGCAGGUGCUGGGCCAGUGCGGGGGGGAGCGGCCAGCGGGCACCGACGGGUGA